UUUACAGAAAAAUGCAAGAAUACCAAAGAGAACAUGCCGAGGCUGCCAUGGAUGUUUCGGCAUAUGUAUCGAAUCCUAUUAAUGCAUAUUUAUUGACAAAACGUUUAACGACCGAUUGGAAACAAGUAGAAAACUUAAUGGCCCAUGAUGUGGGUGCAGAAUUCCUUAGUAACAUUUCCAAUUAUCGCAGUAUUUUGAAAUUCCCCUCAGAAGAAGAUUUAAAUGGAGCUGCUGUGGCAUUAAUGCGUCUGCAAGACACCUAUAAUUUGGAUACAUCAAGCUUGGCCCGAGGCGAAUUGAAUGGAGUGCAAUAUAGUACUGAAAUGUCCUCCGACGAUUGUUUCGAAUUGGGUCGCCAGUCAUAUGUGAAUCAUGAUUAUUAUCAUACCGUUUUGUGGAUGAAUGAAGCCAUGACCCGUAUGUCAUAUGAGCCACGUAACCGUUCAUUGGCUUUCUCCAAAGCUGAUAUUUUGGAAUAUUUGGCCUUCUCUACCUAUAAACAAG